UCUACACAGCCCAUUUAAAAGAAUGAUAACGCCGAGUCUGUGAAGCAUUUUUCAGCACUCCCUUCUCCCAACCCCAAAAAAAAAAAACAAAAGAAUCUCUAAGCAAUUUUUUUUUUUUUUCUUGGUAAAAAAGAGAGUAUAAAAUCUCAGAGAGUAGUAGUAAUAUGAGCUUAUUCUCCUACCAAAACUUCCGAUCACUGUACUAGAUUUCUCUAUAAUGGAGAGCACCGAUUCUUCCGGUGGUCCUCCUCCACCGCCGCAACCUAACCUUCCUCCAGGUUUCCGCUUUCAUCCAACCGACGAAGAGCUUGUGGUUCACUACCUCAAACGCAAAGCUGCUUCCGCUCCUUUACCUGUCGCUAUCAUCGCCGAGGUCGAUCUCUAUAAAUUCGAUCCAUGGGAGCUUCCUGCUAAAGCGUCGUUUGGAGAGCAAGAAUGGUACUUCUUCAGUCCUAGAGAUCGGAAGUACCCAAACGGAGCAAGACCGAACAGAGCCGCCACCUCAGGAUACUGGAAAGCAACCGGUACAGAUAAACCGGUUCUUGCUUCCGACGGUAACCAAAAAGUCGGUGUGAAGAAGGCACUCGUCUUCUACAGUGGUAAACCACCAAAAGGCGUUAAAAGUGAUUGGAUCAUGCAUGAGUAUCGUCUCAUCGAAAACAAACUCAACAAUCGACCACCUGGUUGUGACUUCGGCAACAAGAAAAACUCACUCAGGCUUGAUGAUUGGGUGUUAUGUAGAAUCUACAAGAAGAACAACGCAGGUCGACAUGUGGAUAACGAUAAGGAUCACGAUAUGAUUGAUUACAUUUUCAGGAAGAUUCCUCCGUCCUUGUCAAUGGCGGCUGCUGCUACUGGACUCCACCACCAUAACCAUAAUGUCUCAAGAUCGAUGAACUUCUUCCCUGGGAGAUUCUCCGGUGGUGGUUACGGUAUUUUCCCCGACGGUAAUAAUGCAAGUUUAUACGACGGCGGUGGCAUGGGCAUGAUCAACAACAACAUGGGUACCGACUCAUUGGAUCAUCAUGACAAUAACAACGUUGACGUCGUUGGUUUGAACCAUGCUUCGUCGUCAGUCCCAAUGAUGAUGAUGGCGAAUCAGAAACGACCUCUUCCUGUGCCGUAUUGGCCUGUAGCGGAGGAGGAGCAGGACGCAUCUCCUAGCAAGCGGUUUCACGGUGGAGGAGGAGAUUGUUCGAACAUGUCUUCUUCGAUGAUGGAAGAGACUCCACCAAUGAUGCAACAACAAGGUGGUGGUGUGUUAGGAGAUGGGUUAUUCAGAACGACGCCGUACCAGUUACCUGGUCUAAACUGGUACCCUUCUUAAAUCAAAAUAUGUGUUUUUAGCCGCCGGUGUGAAGAAAAUUUUUUCCGAUUGGUGGGGGUUAUUUAAAAUUUAUAUAAAUUUGAGAUUUGUGUAUAUGUUUUGGGGUUAAUUAAAAAUUGGUCAUAGGGGUUAGAGGUAAAAAGGAGAUUAUUUAGAGAGGCGGAGAAGUGAGGCAACAUAUACAAGAAACAUAGGAUUUUUCUUCUUGAAAGAACGAUUACUGUUUCUUGAUUUUUAUUAUUAAAUGUAUAAAUUAUAUACUUAGAUGUUUAUAUAUAUAUAUAUAUAUGCGUAGAGAUUGUAUAGAUGCAUAUAGUUCUCUCAGUGAUAUUUUGAGAUUGUAUUUUCUUGUAAAGGAGAUGAUUUAAGAAAAAAAAAAUAGUUGUGUAAA